GGCGGCGGAAGGGACCGUGCUUUGCAAACGGCGGAGAGCGCAAGGGUUUCUGGGUGAAGCCGGGAUCGAGGGAUGACAAACGAUGACAUUUGGCGUUUGGUAUCAAAUACGCUCUCUACUGUUCUUAAACGUCUCUGUUGGUAUUUAAUACACGUCCAGAAUCAGAGCCUUGUGAUUGGUGGACCUCGUGUGACAUCCGGGUCAACUGGAAAUGACCCAGUCUGAACCGACCGUAGUUACGACAAUACACGUGCACAGAAACGGAAGCGGGGCUGGCCUUGGUUCGGAAGCCGCAGUGGUGCUGCCUUCCUGCGCUCCACGGCCGUGCAUGGCCCGAGUCCCGUCAGCUCAGCACACCGGGCCCGACGGCUCUGCGGGGGGGAGACCGGCACGCUCGAGCCGCCGGGACGUUUCAUUGUUUGUGAUAAAGUGGGAUUGGCUCCGCGUGCCGUCCGUUCGGUGUGCGGUGAGCUCGUGAUGUAGGCCGGUAAUCCUGCUGGAGGACGGAGCGGUGAAGUUUACAGGACCACACCAGUAGAGAAAACAAAGUGAAGGAGGCUUCUGAACUUCAUGUGCUUGGCAAGAUGAGUACAGAUAGACCCAAACGGAAUAUCAUCAAAAAGAAAUAUGACAUCAGUGAUGGGAUGCCUUGGUGUGAAGAACGUCUGGUCCGCAAAGUUCUCUUCCUCUCCCUCAGGGAAUUCAGAGACACACACCGUGCCUCACACAUUCACACGCGCGCUCACAAACGCACGGUGAAAAAAACGCUUUUACACACUCAGCAUAAAACACAGACACAGAAAAACAUGCGCACAAGACAGUGUGUGCGCUCCAGUAAGCGUGUGCACACACCGCAACACAGAGUCACACACAGAGCACCAAACAGACAGAAAAACGCACACAAUGCACAAAGCAUGCACAUUCCGAAACACCUCCGCCCUCAUGAAGACGCUAUCAAAGGGCAAAAAAGGAACUUGUCUCAGGACUCACACACAACAAAAAAUAAAUGCAAUCGCACACUACACAACACGCAAACACAAUCAACAACGUGUGCAGGGAAAAUUACACACACUGUACAGCAAACCCAGCUCCAAGGAAGUACUCGCACACUACCCAAGAGUUCUGGAUCAACCAGGACGCUACGCUCACAUAAAACACAGAACACACAGCUGCUGCUCAACACGAAAUACGCAGAAACCGCAAAACACACACACACUCAGCACAAGCCCUCAGUGAAGACCGCCUGCACUCCAGAGAACACACCGCUGAGCCCCCCUGUCCCGGCCAGGACACUGCGCUCACACACUCCCACAAGCCUCAGCAGCCCUCGGGUUAACGGCAUCAGCCGGCGUCAGUCCCUGCUGUCUGCUGGUCCCGGCUGGAGCUGGUCCUUACAGACCCGGGCUCAGCAGCGGCGCCCUGCUAGCAUCCAUCGCCACAAGGACGACCCUGCCAGCAAGAGACCAAGGCUGCGAGCGCAGAGGAAGUUCGCCCAGUCCCCCCCCAGCUCUCCAGGACCUGGAGUGUUGAUUUCAGCCGCCAGGAGUAACCAGAGCCUGGCCGUGGUCACCUGUCUGACCAGGUGCAGACCCAAGACGGAGGACUUCUUGUCUUUUCUCUGUCUGAGAGGUUCAGCAGCGCUGCCUAGCAACAUGGCCAUUGUAGCGAGUGGACCAGCCAAGGGGCCAGUUGGGGCUCGGCAUCUUACAUCCUGUCUUUCCACCAAUCACAGGACAGCAUCUGAGGGGAAAAACAUAAACAUAUUCAGGAGAACAGCAGUGCAGCGAGACUCUCUGAGGGGGAGGCCUGGAGGCUCCUUCUGCCCUCUAACUACCCGGGAACAGAGGAGGAGGGAAAGGGAGAGGAGAGAGGAAGAACAGCAGAGGAGCAUGAGGGAGGAGGGAGCUGAGAGACACCUCCUGAGACCUCGCCAGCUCUCCCUACAGGUUAGCAGGACUAACCAGGUUGCAAUGGUAACUGGACUCUCCAAACAAAGAACUUCCUGUGUCCGGUCAGUUUCUACCUUAAAGCCCGGCCCCGGGGCCAGCAGCAGACGCUCCCCCCGGCCCUGCACAAGGCCGAGCAGUACCUGUAAACCAAGACCCCAGGAAAGCAACAACCAACACCUCUCCCGGCACAGCAAACACCAGCUGCCUCGCAAUCAGCACCUUCCUCUCCACAAUCCAACAGUCUCAAAGUGCUAUAGCAACCCCAAGACCUUCAGUAGUGUCCAGACCUCAGGGAGACAUUCAAGCAGGACUCCAGCCCAAACAGCAUUGACUAAUGGCACAGUCAUGUCGUUGCUAAGGGAGAGCCCUGGGGUCUUGAGGUUGUCUAGGAGAAAGAGAGGCCUCCCACCAGACACCAGCCCUACCCCUCCGAAGCGGGGUCUUUCGGACCACAACUCAUCGAAGAAGUGCAGGACAGUGCAAUACAAUGAGGGUGAUGUCCCAUCGGAGAGUGGCCGUCUUAUUGGUGAGAUCCCACAGGCGGAGGCCAACUGUAACGAGGAGGUUAGAGUGAAGGAUGUGAGUCAUAUUGGUGAUAUCCCUGGCAGCCAUGAUGAAGAACUUAGACUAGAAGGCAGCUGUGACCACGUUGGAGAGAUCAGACUGGAGAUGGACAGUUGUAUUAGUGAAGACCUACAGGACAAGGCCAGUGUUGCUGUGGAGCCCUCUCAGGACGGGGUCACCCUCACCAACAUCAUCACCGACUAUGACCUGAGCCCUGGAACUGAGGUCAUAUGCAGACAUGUGAGAGACAAAAGGCGUCAGAGAAAUCAGCCCGCUUCAUCCACAGUCCCUACGCUAAUAACCAGGACCACUGAAUCUAGGACUGUUGCCAGAGCUGCUGCCAGGACUACUGCAACUAAAGCUGCUUUCAACUCUGUGACAUCCAAACACAUUCAUACUGACCGACCAGCAAGUUAUUCUGCCAAGCACACUGCUAAGGGUACUAACAAAACUACUAGUAAGGACAUUACCAAGUGUACUUCACCAGCCAGCAGGUCCUCUUUCCAGAAUUCUAAAGGUGCUGCAAAGGACACUUCCAAGGGGACCACAGAGGACUCGACAAAGGACUGCGCACCUGUCAGUAGCUAUUCUAGCACUUCCAGGCGCUCUACAAAGAGCCUUACCCAGACCAAGUGUAUUACCUCAGCCAUUAAGACCAGGACUAGCCCUAGAACGCUUCAGAAACACCGAAAAACCUGAGCUGUGCUAUAUUUGGAAUUGAUGUUGAAGACAAUUAGCAAAGUAGUCAGAACAGCAUUGGUUACUGUUGAUUCUAAGUGUCGCACGAUGUCGGCUGAUUGGAUAGCGACGUAGGGACUGUGUUCUCUACAUGUAUGUAGGAACGUUCUAAUUCUAAAGGUCAAAUAAGUAAUUGGAAGGCAGCAUCAUGGCAGACGCGCUGUAUACUGGACGAUAAAGUGAAAGGCCACUGUUUUCAGAUGCUUCCCUGAUCAAUCUGAAACUGCAGCUUGGUAUCAUAUUUAAAUGGAAAAGGCACUAGUUUUAUUAAAGCACAUAGUUUAACUUGA